CAGGGCUCCGCCUGCCUCUCGGUACAGCUCCGUGGGCUUAAGCACUGAGCACCGGGGCCCGUGGCCAUCCCAAGAGGUCCCAAGGAGGAGGCAGACGAGGACCGCGUGUGGGACCGGGGAAGGAGCGCGGGGCGCGCUCGCGGGGUGACCGCCGAGGAGAUGCCUGAGUUCCUGGAGGACCCGUCGGUGCUGACGAAAGACCGGCUCAAGAGCGAGCUGCUAGCCAACAAUGUGACGCUGCCUGCGGGCGAACAGCGCAAGGACGUCUACGUGCAGCUCUACCUGCAGCACCUCACGGUGCGCAACCGGUCCAUUGGGCUGGCGCUGCCUCCGGCCGCCAACAACCGCGCACCCCCGGACUUCUCUAGCGACGAUGAGCGCGAGCCCACACCGGUGCUGGGCGCCGCGGGCCGCGGCCGAGGAGGAGGAGGAGGAGGAGGCGGUGCCGCCACCGGAAGGAAAGCCACAAAGAAAACUGACAAACCCAGAUCAGAAGAGAAAGAUGAUCUAGAUGUAUCUGAACUCACAAAUGAAGAGCUGUUGUGUCAACUCGUGAAAUAUGGAGUCAAUCCUGGUCCUAUUGUGGAAACCACCAGGAAGCUAUAUGAGAAGAAACUGCUAAAACUGAGAGAACAUGGCCUAGAAUCAAGAUCUUCAACACCUCUGCCAAUGGUUUCUUCAUCAGCAGAAAAUGCUAAACAGAAUGGAAAUGAUGACUCAGAUAGAUACAGUGACAAUGAAGAAGAACUCAAACUGGAGAAGAGAGACCUACUAGUAAAAAGCACGUCAAAGGCUACAGUAACAACAUUCAAGCAAAGAAGAGUUGAGCAUAAUCAGAGCUAUUCUCAAGCUGGACUUUCUGAGACUCCCUGGACAAGUGGAUCUUCAAAAAGCGGAGCCCUGCAGGGAUUAACUAGGGAGCCUACGAGAGGGUCAAGAAGAACUCCAAGGAAAAGGGUGGAAACUGCAGAACAGUUGCGUGUAGAUGGUGCAGUAAUUUCAGAGAGUCUUCCUAUAGCUGAAACUAUAAAGGCUUCAAGCAACGAGACUGUAGUUGUCAAUAGGGUGACUGGAAAUUUCAAGCAUGCAUCUCCUAUUCUGCCAAUCAGUGAAUUCUCAGACAUACCCAGAAGAACACCAAAGAAACCAUUGACAAGAGCUGAAGUGGGAGACAUAACAUUAACAGAAGAAAGAAGAAUCGAAAGAGAUAUUCUUAAAGAAAUGUUUCCUUUUGAAGCAGCUACACCAACAGGAAUUAGUGCUAGUUGUCGCAGGCCUAUUAAAGGAGCUGCUGGCAGACCAUUAGAACUUGGUGACUUCAGGAUGGAGGGAACCUUUUCAUCAAAAUAUGUCCCCAAAUAUGCUCCCAUUGCUGAUGACAAGACCGAAAAGACAAGAAAAGGACGCUCCAUUCCCAUGUGGAUAAAGAUUUUGCUUUUUGUUGUUGUGGCAGUUUUCUUGUUUUUGGUCUAUCAAGCUAUGGAAACUAACCAAGGAAAUCCCUUUUCUCAUUUUCUUACUGAUAAUUCUCCGGCAAAGGCCAACUGAGUGUUAGCUCUAUGGCACACCCAAACAACUUGGUCUCCUAUUUUUAAUAAUUGUAGAAAGAACUCUUGUUGGCUCAAAGAACUACUUUUUAAAAUAAUGUGAUUUCAACUUCUUAAAUUUAAUAUUGCAUUGAAAAUGAACAAGACAUUGCAAAUGGACUCCAGUUUAAGCAUUUUGGACCUUGGACUAGUAGGAGAUCACUUUGUGCCAUAUGAGUAAUCUUUUUUUGUUGUUGUUUUUAGCACUCUGGAACUUUUUUGUAGGCUUUAUUCUUUUUUAAUGUGAGCAUCUUAAUUCAUUUUGGUUUUUUUGGGGGGGGUUGUUUUUUGAGGCAAAUGUAUAUUUGCUUUGUGUUUUGGGGAAAUGAGAACGGCAAAACAUAGCAGAAUAAUGUGAAGCUAAAUGUUUUAAAUGCUCUGAAUUCAUGCAGAAAAGAUUUUUAAAAAUUAUUUCUCCUGGACAAAAUGUUUAGAGAAAAUUUGAGGCAUAAUCUAAUGCAGCGUAAAGGGAAAUUCCUGGAGAUUGUAUUUUCUAUAAUUGCAGCCAAGUAUUUGAUGUUGUUUAUUUGAAAAAGUACAGCAAUAAUCACUUGUGUAACUUUUUAGUAAUGUUACUGUAAUCCUGUUGUACUCAUUUUUAUAACAGAUUUCUAGGAUCAUGAAUUCUAUUAGUAAAUUCACCUGAGCAUAGAACCUGUUUUUACCUGAAGAUCAUUUUUUAGUGUUACAUUUACAUAUUUGAGAAACUUGUUACCACAGCACCACAGUUCAAAACUUAAUCCUUAUUUUCCAGAAAAACAUUGUUUCUUGUUGAUUGCAUCAUUGAUUUUUUAUCAAUUCCUAUUUACUACUAAAAUAACAUUUAGGUGAAAUUGUGUUGUGUGCAAAGAAUUUAGGAAAUUUAUUGGACCAUGUUUAAAUUUCUUCCAUCCAUUUGACUUAAAUUGUUACAACUAGACUCAUCAUUAAGCAAAUUUUGCCAAUUCUUUUUGCCCUAUUACCUAAUGUAAUCUGAUUAUAAAUGUUUCAUAAAUGUUUAUUUUUAAGUUGCAUUGUUACUUUCUUGAAUACUCCAUCCUUUACUCAUGAAGUUCUAUACUCUUGAUGUGAGGAGGGCAUUAUAAUGCUAUGUAUUCAUUCUUUGUAGUUGUCUUUUUUUUUCUUAAUUUACCUCAGUAUAACUUGGUUAAGUAGACAGCUGAGAUUUCAGUAGAAUCAAGUGAAAUGUGUAAAAAUUAAAACAUGUGCUUUUGAAUUUGAAAUAUACAGUCAUUGAUCAUAUAGUAUACUUUAUACGAAUAAGUUAUUUUAAGAUACCAUGUCUUAUAAAGACUGACAUUUCUAAUAAAAGAAUAAAGACAUAUGUUUAGAUGGGCACUAAAUUUUGAUCUGAACUAGACAUAUUCUAAUGUUUAGUUUGUAAAUAUUCUGUAGGCAUUUCACUUCUUUUGUAGCCAAGACCAGACACUCUAAUUUUAGAAUAAAGGGACUGAAAUAACAACUCUUAACAUAGAAAUAUUUGCUGAUUAGAGUGAAAUUGCUUCCUUCUAUUAAGUACAUUACUUCAAGAGAGGGCAUGUCUUAACUCUUCCCACUAGGACAUGACUUGAUUUUUGGUUGCAAUUCUAGUCUCAGUUAUUAUGUGUUUAGGUCUUAGGUUCUUCCUUUAGAAGCUGUAAGAAGCCACAUUUGAUGUUUUAGGAAUCCAACAUAGCUUAGUGUUGUAUAUAAUAUAUGAUCAGUUCUCUCAUAGGGAAGAUAUGGUCCAAAAUAGGAAGGUAGGAGUGAGUUCAACCUCUAGUUAAUUUUUAAAAAAACAAACAAAAAACAAAAAAAAAACACAUGUACUCUGUUUUGUCUGUCUGUUUUAUGCCACUAGAAUGUGUCCAAGCCGUAAAUUCAAAGCAUUUCUUUAAUUAAAUUGUAGAAGUAGAAGUUAAUAUUUUACAAUAUCAUCUUAAUAAAAAUUAAAUAACCUCUA